AAUUUGUCUAUUUUUAAUUUUAAUUUAAAAUUGUCAAAUGAAUCGUGUGCAUAUUGAUAACGAUUUAAUAACUCUUCUAACAAACAAUGGAUGAUUGUCAACAGCAACGAUCCAACAGCAAACUAAUCGACGACGAUUUAAAUGAAGGAAUUAAAAAUGCUGCUGCCAACGAUAUCAUUGAGAAAAAAGUCAUCAUGGACGUGGAUAAUUCUCAGCAAAUACAAACAACAAUCAGUCAGAUAAUCGAUGAUGUCCUUUGUCAAACUAUAAAUGAAAUUGAAGCCAAUGAAAAUACGAUUGUUUUGGACAAAAAUGAAUCACAAUUACCAAUAUUAGAAUUUCAACAAAAUGGUGAAUCAAUAGCCACGAAUUCUAAUGAAUCUUCUCCGAGUUUCAAUGAUUUAGACGAUUUGGAUAUUAAAAACAAUUGCAACAAUAAUGAUAAUACUGAAUCACCCUUGGAUGAUGAUAAAAAUAAUAAUGAUGAACCAUUAAUUAGUGAAUCGGAAUGUGAAUCUAAACACCACCCGCAUCAAGCUAAUAAUGUUGCUGGUGAUGAUGGUGCCAAUGCAGAUGCAGAUGAUGGUGAUGCUGCUGCUUCUGCUUCUGCUGAUGAGGAAAAUGACGAAGAAGAUAAUGAUUGGAAACAACGUGGCAACAAUGAAAUUGAAGAGAAUGUGGAUGGUAAUAUAGAAUCGCGAGAAAAUAAACGUAAAUUUCCUUCACAUAGUUCAUUUUAUAGCGAUAUAAAUGAAGUUCUUAAUGAUCCAAUCACAUCGGAUGAAGUGAAAUUUGGUUUACUAUUUAAGAAAAUUCUAACUGUCAUGUCCACAAGACCGGAUUCAAUACCGGUGAAUGAAAUUAAUUUCAUCACAGAUAAUAUUCUCAAAUUAUUAAUAACCGAAGAUUUACAAAGAAUACGAAAACCUGAAACUUUGCGAAUAUUUUUUUGUGAUUAUCUCAAAAUGUUACCAUCGAAAGUCGUAGCCGAAAUUUUAAGCGUAAUCAUUGCUGUAUUAAAAAAAUCAUUGCUUAAUCUUGAAUAUUCAAAAGAUUUAUUGCUUAUCGCUAUAACACAAACAUUCAAUUUGGAUAAUUUAAUCAAACAUUUCAUAAGAGAAAUAAUCAAUCUACAAACGACAUAUAGCUGCAAUGUAAAAGAAUUAUUAGCCAUUUUGAAAUUCAGUGAAGAAGAUGCCCGAUUAUUGCAUUAUAUCCGUAAUGCUAAUCUACAUCAACGUAAUCGACCGAAUGCAUUUUUCGCUUUUCCUGGAUGCGAUGGAUCAGUAUUAGCCCUUCCACCGUUUCAAAAAUGGCCCAUUCAAAAUGGAUGGACAUUGAUUACUUGGUUCCGUAUAGAAUCCAAUUCGACUAAUUCACAGCCUUAUUUGUAUUAUUUUCGAACAAGCAAAUCUGGUGUUGGUUAUUCGGCUCAUUUCACUGGAAAUUGUCUGGUAUUAACAUCAAUGAAAAUCAAAGGCAAAGGAUUUCAGCAUUGCAUUCCUUAUGAAUUCGUAUCACAAAAAUGGUAUCAUUGCGCAAUCACCUAUGUAACCAAAUGGCGUUCAGCUGAAGUGAAAGUUUAUGUUAAUGGCCAAUUAACGGCCAACACCGAAAUGGCUUGGCAAGUGCAAACGAAUGAUCAUUUUGAUAAAUGCUAUAUUGGCGGUACUCCUGACCUGAAUGAUACUUAUUUGUUUUCCGGCCAAAUUGCUUCAAUCUAUUUAUUCCAUGAAGCCUUGAAUCCGAGCCAAAUUUGUUCAAUUCAUCGAUUAGGUCCUUCAUAUAUUGGACAAUAUAAACAUUCCAAUGAAAGUCAAAUGGAUCUACCGAUUGGUAUGAAACGUGUACUUUAUGAAGAAAAACUAAGUUCAUCGAUAUUUUGCUUAUAUACACCGGUGGCCGUCGAAAGUGAUACCCUUUGUCUCCAAUGUUUACCUAAAAAUAAUAUUUUCUAUUUCAUUUCAUCGCCUCAUGCUGCAUUAAUGGGCCAAGCAAAAUCCAUUCAAACACAUUCCAUUAGUUCUACAUUGCAAUCGAUCGGUGGUAUUCGUGCUUUACUUCCAUUGUUAUACAAAUUUGCACAGAAAAAUGAUUCUGAUGCAUGUUCAACGUUAAUUGGUUUUACAUGUGAUCUGUUGGAAUUUUCACCACAAUGGUUCGGCAAUGAAAUGAUACAAUCACAUGGUUUUGUUACAAUAGCAUCAAUUUUAUCGAAAAAUGCUAGACUAUUGAUCAAUAACGAUACAUUGGAAGUAUUACUCAAUUUAACAAAAACAUUGAUCAGUACAUCAAAUAAUAAUGAUGCAUUGAUUUUGAAACAAAUGUUGGACAACAUUCUAUUCAAUGCCUCACUUUGGAUCUAUGUGGAUGCAAAAAUCCAGAUGAAACUUUAUUGUUAUCUUUCCAGUGAAUUUCUAAGUGGCGCUAAUAGUUCAAUGAUUAAUUCUACAAGUGGUAGUCAAGGAUCAACAAAUCCGACCAUAAUGAAUAAUAAUAACAACACACAAGUGCUCUUCAACGGUAUCAUAUUCAAUGAAGUUCGGCGAAUAUCUACUGUUUUGCAAUUAUUACAUUCUUUAAAAUAUUAUUAUUGGCUCACAGAAGAAAAAUCCUACAACGUUAAAGCUCAGGAUUAUAAACUAAGACCUAAUGAUGAAGAAUUGGAAACGAUUCGAUCCUACAUUCUAUUAUUCAUCAAGCAAUUAAUUAUCAAAGGAAAUGGUAUUCAUUUGGAUGAAUUACAAGCAAUAUUAAAUUAUCUUGUUACCGUCAAUCAAGAUGCAAAUAUUAUCGAUGUUCUUCAAAUGCUUCAAUCAUUAAUGUGUGAACAUCCGGCUUCAUUGAUUCCGGCUUUUGAUGCUAAACAUGGUGUUCAAACCAUCUUUAAAUUGCUCAACUCCAACAAUGAAGAGAUACGAAUUCAGGCACUAAAAUUAUUGGGCUAUUUUCUAAGUAGAAGUACACCGAAACGAAAACAGGAUGUAAUGGGUCCACAUAAUUUAUACAUGCUACUCUGUGAACAUUUAAUUCGAUUUACACCAUUAACGAUCAACACCUAUAAUGCAUUGUUUGAAAUAUUGACUGAAACAUCAAUCGAAUCGAUUCGAGUUACUAGUUCCUGUAGUUCAAUGUUAAAAAUUGAGAAUUCAAUGAUCUUGAAAGUCAUUGCCACAUUAUUGAUUGAAGGAAAACAAGAUCCAUCCGAAGAUAGGGGUAGCAUCAAAGAAAUGUUCAUCAAUGAUCUAUGGUCACUAUUGAUCAAUAAUCGUGAAAAUCGACGAUUCGUUCUACAAAUGUCUGUUUGGCAAAAUUGGCUUAUCAAUUUAAUUGAAAACAAAAAUGAACUCAUCACCAAUCAAAUAUUAGCCAUUUUUCGAAUAUUACUUUAUCAUGCUAUCAAAUAUGAAUAUGGAGGCUGGCGUGUAUGGAUUGAUACAUUAGCUAUUAUACAUGCUAAAAUUUCUUAUGAUGAUUUUACUGAACAAUUUGGAAAAAGUUCUCGACCAACAGCUUCAUCAACGAAUGCUUAUGUUACAAAUCCGUCCAUUAUGAAAAAUAUAAUUAAUAAAAAUUUGGAAAGCAUUAAAGCAUCUUUGAUUUCAAAAGCCACCACAAAUGAAAAUUCAAUUCAUAAUAUUAAAAAUGAUAAUGAUGAAACCGGAACUGAUGGUCAAGACACAUCACAAAUAAAAACCGCUGAUACGGAAAAUUCCAAUCAAUCUGACAAUAGUGAAACUGUUAAUGUUAACCAUAGUGAAUCGGAAACUCAACCACCAGUCAUUUGUACAAUUAGUUCGAUUGAAAAUGAAUCGAAUAAUUUACCGCACAAAAGCAACGAUGCUAAACAUCAAGAUAAUGAAUUGGAAAAUAUUAUCAUCGAUAAUGGGAAUGGUGGAAAACAAAUCACACCUAGUGAUUCAAUUGAUGUGGCACCAACACGAAAAUUUCGAACCGAAAUCCCCAAACCAGAUGUUAUCGACAAAGAUGAAUUAAUCGAUGUGAAUAAAGCAAAGAUAUCUGCUACACCAGCAUUUCGUAUACCGGAAUUUAAAUGGAGCAAUUUACAUCUUAAACUUUUGAAUGAUUUACUUUAUUCAAUAGAAAUUGAUCUUCAAACAUGGCGUAAUCAGAGCGUCGAAUUUAAAGUUGAAUCUUCUUUGGCUCGAACAACACAAAUUGAUCAAGUGUUACAGAACAAUGAGAAUCAAAUCUAUAUUGUCAACACAAUACAUUUAAUAUCACAACUUUGUGAUAAUAUUAUCAUUGCUUCAGGAGGAUUACUUCCAUUAUUAGCAUCAGCAACUGGUGGUAAUGGUGCCACAUGUAUCACACAAAUCAGAAACGAAGGUUUCUCACCUUCUCAAGCAAAUUUUCUUCUCUAUAAAUUGGCCAAUUUAAUUGAUGUUUUGUGUUUUGUUGCAACACAUGUAAAUUUUACUGAACUUGAAGCAGAAAAGAAUAUGGCUUCCGGUGGAAUUCUUCGCCAAUGUUUACGUAUUGUUUGUACGAUUGCCGUUAAAAAUUGUUUGCUCAUACAACAACAUGAAAAUUUAAAUCCAGAUAAUUGUCGUGAUUUUGAAUUGAUUUCUGAAAAUGAAUAUCUUUAUAAAGGCAUCAGCAUUCUUUCUUCAGCAGAAUUAUUUAGCGUUGAUUUUAAUCCAGAACAUAGUGAUUUGAUUUAUUGUAAAGCUACCAAUUCGGAUAUUGAUAAUUUACAUUAUCAUUUGAUUACACCGAUCAAAGAUCCAAAUUCAUUAUUACAAGAAAUGGAUAUUAAUCGCCUUCGAGCUUGUAUCUAUCGAGAUGCCGAUUCGGAUACAAGACAAUCACAAUUUUUAGCAUUGGCAACAUUGUAUUUUAUUUCGGUUCUUAUGGUCUCCAAAUAUCGUGAUAUAAUUGAACCUAAAAAUAUUGGUGAUAAAUCAAUCAAUAAACAACGACAACAAACAGAAAUUGAUCAUUAUAAUUCAAAUAAUAGUAAUAAUAAUAAUGCUGAUAAAGAAUUGGAUCAAACAAAAAUAUUGGAAUCGAUUGAAAUAUCAAAAACAAAUACUAAAAUUACUGAAAAAUUGACAGCAAAAUUAGAGGCAACAUUAGCUUCUGUAUGUCCACUUUUACGUGAAAUUAUUUGUGAUUUUUCUUCAUUUCUGUCAAAAACAUUGCUCGGAUCGCAUGGACAAGAAUUGAUCACUAAAGAAACGAUUCGUACAUUCAAACGACCAGAUGCCAGUCCAGUGGAGCUGGUGAUGUUGUUAUGUUCACAAGAAUGGCAAAAUACAUUGCAAAAGAACGCUGGACUAGCAUUUAUUGAAUUAAUUAACGAAGGCCGACUCUUAUCACAUGCUAUGAAAGAUCACAUAGUUCGAGUGGCUAUGGAAGCCGAAUUCAUAUUAAAUCGAUUACGUGCCGAUGAUGUAUCAAAACAUGAUGCCUUCACACAGGCAUGUAUUGAGACAAAUAAUUCACGAUUACAAGAGGAAAACAUAAUCAAUUCGUUAAUCAUAUCGGCCAAACGUCGUGAUUGGAUGAUUUUCACUCGAUUCAAAGAAUCAAUCAAACAAGAAGAACGAAAAUAUUUCAAGCUUGAUUCCUGGGAAGAUGAUUGCCGAAGACGGCGGCGUUUUAUAUAUGAUUCUUUGGGUGAAUUUGUUAAUUCAAAAUUAAAAUCCAUGACUACCAAUUGUAUACAAGAAACAAUAUCAAAUCAUGAAGAUGAAUCAAAAUCAUCAGAUGAUGCGCAUAAAUCAUUAUCAUCGCCUAUCAUUCCACCAAGAUCAAUGAUCAAUAAUUCCGUAGAUGAUGAUGAUAAUGAUUCAUUCCUAUGGGAUAAUGAUGAUACCAUUGGUGAUACCGAAACGACAACUGUUGAAUUUAGCAGCUCAGUUUUGUAUAGCGUCGAAUGUUGUUUGAUUUGGGCAAUCUAUACGAUCGAUGGAGUGUUACAAAUCACAUCUAAUGAAAUUUUCUUCGAGGCACAUAAUAAUAACGAUGUUGAUAUAAUCAAAUAUUAUGAUAAACGCAAAACAGAUUUUUGCGAUUCAUUUAGAGGUCUUUCAGGAAUCGGACCAAAAGGAACAAAAGAAUUUAAAGAUUGGGAUCUGGUUGCUCUUCAGUAUUGUGACCUAUUAACAUAUAAUUGUAAAGUAUCGUUCCAAGAUAUUCGAGCCAUUUUUACACGACGUUAUUUAUUGCAACAGAAUGCAUUGGAAAUAUUUCUUGCUCAACGAACAUCAAUAAUGUUUGCGUUUUCGGAUUUUGAGACUGUUAAAAAAGUUGUACGCUAUUUACCGGCUGUUGGUGUUGGUGUUAAAUAUGGAAUACCGCAAUCACGACGUGGAUCAUUGAUGACACCAAAACAAUUGUUUGCUUCGUCAAACAUGACACAAAGAUGGCAAAAACGAGAGAUAUCUAAUUUUGAAUAUCUAAUGUUUUUGAAUACAAUCGCUGGCCGAACCUAUCAAGAUAUGAAUCAAUAUCCUAUAUUUCCUUGGAUUUUGACCAACUAUGAAAGUAAAGAUCUGGAUCUUUCCCAACCAACCAAUUUCCGUGAUCUUUCCAAACCGAUCGGUGCUUUGAAUUCCGAACGACGCGACGAAUUUAUUGAACGUUUUAAUUCUUGGGAUAAUAAUCAGGUUCCAGCAUUUCAUUAUGGUACACAUUAUUCAACAGCUGCUUUUACAUUGAGCUGGCUGAUUCGAAUCCAGCCAUUUUUUUCAGUCUAUCUAUCUAUCCAAGAUGGAAAUAUGGAAGAUCGUAGUCGUCUUUUCACAUCUAUUCGAGAUUCUUGGGUUUCCUCAUUGAUGGGUGGCCAACAGAAUGUUAAAGAAUUGAUACCAGAAUUUUUCUUUCUUCCUGAAAUAUUUCAUGGCAAUAAUUUAAUGAAAAAUGUCAAACUUCCACCUUGGGCUGAUACUCCUGAAAGCUUUAUUCGAAUUCAUCGAAUGGCCCUUGAAUCGGAUCUAGUUUCUUGUCAACUUCAUCAAUGGAUUGAUUUGAUUUUCGGCUAUAAACAACGUGGACCUGAAGCAGUUCGAGCUGUGAAUGUUUUUUACUAUUUAACCUAUGAAGGAAAUAUUGAUUUAUCAACCAUUGCCGAUACAUCGAUUAGAGAGGCAAUUGAAACACAGAUACGUCAUUUUGGUCAGACUCCAUCACAAUUGACCACGGAUCCACAUCCUCCUCGAUCCAGCGCAUUACAUGUGUCACCAUUGAUGUUUUCAUCAAGUUUGGAUGAACUAUGCAUGAAUCUAAAAUUUCCAUUUAAUGCUCCUAUCGUUCAUGUGGCAGCUUGUACUGGAAGCCUUACAUCUAACAAUACCUCAUUGAUAGUAACAAUUAAUCAACAUCAACAAUAUUUUCUACAUAAAUGGAGCACAAAAGAUCCUACCAAUCCUUUGAUAAUGGAUGCUGGCCUUCAAUCGAAUAGUAAUAAUGUAAAACGACAAUUGGUUGACACUAACGAUCUUUGUUGUUCGUAUCCAUGUAAUUAUGUGGUUACCAUGGAUGGCAAAUAUAUUAUUCUAUGUCCAUUUUAUGAUAAUUCUUUUCGUGUUUAUUCUAACGAGACCGGAAGAAUUACCCAGAUUGUAUAUGGCCAUAAAAGUGUUGUAACUUGCAUCGCCAGAAGUGAAUGUAAUAUUGCAUCAGAUUUUUACAUUGUUAGUGGCAGUCAAGAUUGUUCAGUACUAUUGUGGACUUGGAAUGCCAAAUAUUCACAAAUCGAAGGCAAUGGUAGCUUCAAUUCAUCGAAUCCAUUACCAAAAUUGACACUAUGUGGACAUCAAUCAACAAUAACAUCUUUGUUGAUCAGUGCAGAAUUAGGAAUAAUUGUCAGUUCCAGUUUGAAUAAGAUUCUUAUACACACAACUACUCAAGGUGAAUGCAUUUCAGAAAUUGAUUUCCGUGCUCGACAUUCAAUACCAAAAGAUAUUAGUUAUGGUGAUAUAAAUGAAACUGAUCUUAAAAAAUUGGCAGAUGCAAACAUUGAAGCUAGUAUGUUGGGUCGAAAAGGAUAUGCUAAAUUGAAAUCACCACAAAAAAUGAUAAACUAGUGAACAGUUUGGAUGAAAAUCAACACCAACAGCAACAACAGUUGAACAAAGAACAUUUGUUGGAUAAGAAUGAUUAUAUUGUG